AAAAUAACUGUUAAUACUAAAAAGGUUGUUAGUUUCUAUAGGGCCACGUUCCGUAAGGAUAGCGACAGACUGGAGCAGCCGCUCUUUCUGAAAUGUUCGAAUUAGUCACGCGUAACUAACAAACAAUUACCACAUAUAGUUGUUCCUAUAUUUACGACCAGAACUUACGAUUGCCAUAUACAGGUGACGUAAUAUAUAGUGGUAACAUAGACAAAAAUGGUGGCCGGCUCAAUGGAUGUAGCAAAACUGCUCUCUCGAAGUCAGGUGGCGGACAUGCUUUUGAAAGAGCUACGAGAAAAGGUAGCCCGCUUACGCCAGCAAGUCAUCACAGCAGAGGUCCAACGUCUCACCAGUGAAAACGAACAGCUUUCCCUGCAAUGUGAAGCGUGGCGCCAGCGACUAAUCAAGGCCGAAACGGCUAAUGGAAAAAAACAGUAUCCUUUGCCAACACGCUGUAACUCAACCAACACUGUUGCACAUGAGUCGAAAACACCCACUACAGUUGAACAGUCGAAGAGAGAAUCAUCUCAGUUGGCGGCAGAAUCGGAAGAGACAACUCCAAAGAAGAGCAAAAAGGCUAACGAGUCUGCUAAAAAACCCAAUCAAAAGGAUUCAAGCAAGGAGAAAAACGUAGACAAAUCUACGAAGGAAGCUGCUGAUUCUGUUUGUGUAUCGCAACUGGAUCUCCGGAUUGGUCUCAUUAAACAAAUUGAGAAACAUCCUGAUGCCGAUGCUCUCUAUCUUGAGCAGGUUGAUGUUGGUGAAGAAAAGCCGCGCACGAUUUUGUCAGGUCUAGUGAAAUUCGUUCCAAUCGGAGAUAUGCGGGACCGAAUGGUAGUCGUGAUGUGCAACCUAAAGCCAGCCAAAAUGCGUGGAAUCCUUUCGGAGGGGAUGCUAAUGUGCGCAUCUACACAUGAAAAAGUUGAACCUAUUCGGCCCCCUAAAAAUGCCGUUCCAGGUGACAGAGUUACAUGGGUAGGUUUGCCGGCUGAAGGUUACCCCGAUCCAGAACCCGUCCUAAACCCCAAGAAGAAGAUUUGGGAGAGGAUUGCGCCCGAUCUUAAAAUUGAUGAACAAGGACACACUGUUUGGAUGGGACAGAAAUUAGAGAUUCGGGGAAAGGGACCACUUCUAGCUGAUACGCUGAAAGGUGUCAACGUCAAGUAGCUAUGAUAGUGAUACGACAUCAGGGCAUACAGAAGCAACUUUUCCGUAUGGUACAACCUCGCACUUUGAACGCGCAAUUCUCAUCUUAUGCGAAGGCAAAAUAGGACUGUUGUCAAGAGAAGCAAACGGUUCUGUUGCCGUAACAAACCACUGUUUGAAUAUAUAAAGGUUAACUUAUGUUGUCAAAAAGAUCGUCCAUGUCAGUAAUCUUAGUUUCACUAUAUCGCUCAUUCGUGAAGUUUCUCUUGAAUUGAAAGAUGCUCUGCGCGGUAAAUACGUGGAAGAGUUACCGAUGCGAGUCAUUCUACCGCUGGUUGCGGGAGCAAUAUCCUAGGGGGAAAAAUAGGGGAAAGAUUACUAGAUUUGCCCUAGCACUAUUCGCAAUUGCGCAUAUGCAGAAUAGGCUGAAUGAAUGUAGUUUGAAGCUAAAAAUAAACCAUAACAGCAUUAGCACAAAUGUCUUCUUCUAUUUAUUUACUAUAACAUAAAAUCUAGUAUCUCCCUAGUGAGAGUCAAUAUAAAUAACGUUGUCGUUUCUAUGUUUUCCAUGAUAUGAUCACAUUAUAUAUAAAAAAAAAAUAACACAUGAAACGCGGUUAGAAGUUGAAGUGCAAUAUUUUCAAAAAGAGUUACGCAUCGCGUUUAAGCAUAAGCACCAGGUUUUAACAAACCUACUCCGUCAGCUACUGUACUGGUGUAUUAACUAGAUAAAAUAGGUUUCUUUCCGUCGCUUUCUAUUUUCUUCGUAAAUACGUAUUUCAAUACGUCUAAAAACAUGAGCGAUAUCAACAAUAAAUUGUCAUCUUGAUGUUUCUAUGAAGCAGAAGACUUGUUUAGUUUUUCAAAUUGUUGUUGCUACGUAAAACUAGUGUGACUUACGUAAAACUAGUAAGGAAUAUAAUGAAAAAGCUUUUGGGUGCUAUAAUAUGCCAACCCUAAUUUAUGUGAUGAAAAAUACUAGAAUGUCUAAAGAGGAACAAGUUUUUUUCAAAGAGCUCGGCCUAUCAUGGCGUAAAUUGAUUGGCCUUUCUAACUAGCGUAUAUUACACCGGUUU